AUGAAAAUGCACUCUCAUUUUCUUUUCCUGGGUUCAGGCACAGUUGGAUUCAAAUCUGCUAAUUUUUGUUUUAUAUAAAUAUUCCUUAAUUAAUUUGCAUCCUCAUAAGGUCCAGAUCUUUCAGGGCAUUCCAAAAAAAACCAAAGAAUCUUAUUUUNUCAUAACCAAAAGAUAGUACAUAGAGAUUUAAAACCAGAAAAUCUACUCUUUGUAUCUGAAUCACUUGAUGCAGAUCUUAAAGUAAUAGACUUUGGAACUUCUAGAAAAUUUGAAACAGGAAAGAGAAUGACUAAAAGAUUAGGCACACCUUAUUACAUAGCACCUGAAGUUCUUUUGGAAAAUUAUAAUGAAAAAUGUGAUGUUUGGUCUUGUGGGAUUAUUUUGUACAUUUUAUUAUGUGGAUAUCCUCCAUUCUCUGGUAGAAGUGAAUCUGAAAUACUUAAAAGAGUAAAAGCAGCUCAAUUAAAAUUUGAUCAUGAAGAUUGGGCUCAUAUUAGUUAAGAUGCUUAAAAUCUUAUUAAGAAUAUGCUUAAUCCAAAUCCAGCUAAGCGUUUAAGUGCUGAAGAAGCUUAUAAUGAUAAAUGGAUUUAAAAUAAUGCACCUUCUAAUGUCAUCAAUUAAAAGGCAUUGUAAAAUCUAUAACAAUUUCAUGCUAAAAGUAAAUUUAAAUAAGCAGUUUUGACAUUUAUGGCUACAUAAAUAAUUACUUAAUAAGAAUAAGAUGAAUUAAAUAAGACUUUUAAAGCUAUUGAUAAAAAUGGAGAUGGCAAAUUAUCAAGAUAAGAAUUAAUUGAUGGUUAUACUUAAGUUACUAAUAAUUAAGAAUUAGCCAUCAUUUAAGUAGAUCAUAUUAUGGAAUUAGUUGAUAUCAAUCGAUCAGGAGAAGUUGAUUUUACUGGUAAAACUAUUUAAUUAUAUUUAGAAUUUCUAAUUGCUGCUAUGAAUUAAGAAAAGUUUUUAUCAGUUUAAAAAAUGGAAUAAGCAUUUAAAGUUAUUGAUUUAGAUGGUGAUAAUUAUAUUUCCAAAGCAGAAUUAUAAAAUGUUAUGGGGGAUAUUGAUGAUGAGGUAUUUAAGUGUAAUUUAACCAGAUUUGGAUACAAAUUUUAAAGGAAUGCGAUAAUGAUAAUGAUGGCAAAAUUUCAUUAGAAGAAUUCUCAUCUUUGCUCCAAUCUAAAGUUUUAUGAUUUCGUAGAGAUUGCUUAAUAAUUAUUUUUAUUAUAUUAUUAUUAUUAUUAUUAUUNAGUAUUUAGACCAUCCACACAUUGUAAAAUUGUAUGAAUUAUUCGAAGAUGAUAAAAAUUACUAUUUGGUAACCGAGUAAGUACUAAAUUCAUUGAGGAUAGGUAUUGUUCUGGGGGAGAACUAUUUGAUCGUAUAAAGAGUAUGAACUUCUUUAGUGAAAAGAAGGCUGCAGAACUAAUGAGAUAAAUACUAAGUGCUGUUUGGUAUUGUCAUAACCAAAAGAUAGUACAUAGAGAUUUAAAACCAGAAAAUCUACUCUUUGUAUCUGAAUCACUUGAUGCAGAUCUUAAAGUAAUAGACUUUGGAACUUCUAGAAAAUUUGAAACAGGAAAGAGAAUGACUAAAAGAUUAGGCACACCUUAUUACAUAGCACCUGAAGUUCUUUUGGAAAAUUAUAAUGAAAAAUGUGAUGUUUGGUCUUGUGGGAUUAUUUUGUACAUUUUAUUAUGUGGAUAUCCUCCAUUCUCUGGUAGAAGUGAAUCUGAAAUACUUAAAAGAGUAAAAGCAGCUCAAUUAAAAUUUGAUCAUGAAGAUUGGGCUCAUAUUAGUUAAGAUGCUUAAAAUCUUAUUAAGAAUAUGCUUAAUCCAAAUCCAGCUAAGCGUUUAAGUGCUGAAGAAGCUUAUAAUGAUAAAUGGAUUUAAAAUAAUGCACCUUCUAAUGUCAUCAAUUAAAAGGCAUUGUAAAAUCUAUAACAAUUUCAUGCUAAAAGUAAAUUUAAAUAAGCAGUUUUGACAUUUAUGGCUACAUAAAUAAUUACUUAAUAAGAAUAAGAUGAAUUAAAUAAGACUUUUAAAGCUAUUGAUAAAAAUGGAGAUGGCAAAUUAUCAAGAUAAGAAUUAAUUGAUGGUUAUACUUAAGUUACUAAUAAUUAAGAAUUAGCCAUCAUUUAAGUAGAUCAUAUUAUGGAAUUAGUUGAUAUCAAUCGAUCAGGAGAAGUUGAUUUUACUGGUAAAACUAUUUAAUUAUAUUUAGAAUUUCUAAUUGCUGCUAUGAAUUAAGAAAAGUUUUUAUCAGUUUAAAAAAUGGAAUAAGCAUUUAAAGUUAUUGAUUUAGAUGGUGAUAAUUAUAUUUCCAAAGCAGAAUUAUAAAAUGUUAUGGGGGAUAUUGAUGAUGAGGUAUUUAAGUGUAAUUUAACCAGAUUUGGAUACAAAUUUUAAAGGAAUGCGAUAAUGAUAAUGAUGGCAAAAUUUCAUUAGAAGAAUUCUCAUCUUUGCUCCAAUCUAAAGUUUUAUGA